ACAUAAUAUAUAUAUAUAAUAUAUUUGCAAGGUUGUAAGUAUUUUUUGUGUUUAAACGUGAUUUUGGGAUAUGGCGGGUAUGUGUUGUGAAAUAGUUGGUGAGACAGAAGCUCCCUCGCAUGUCGAGUCCAGCGGCGCAAGACGCCGCCGGUUGGAGAUUCACCAACUAAAGCUAUUAGCCGCUCCCGCAGCCGAUACUUUGGCUGCGGACAGCGGCAUAAUAAAACGAAGAAAAUUAGAAAAAGGUGUUGAGACCAAGGCUUAUGAUGAUGUUUUAAUUUCACGCGAGUUACAAAAAGAAAUUUUGAAUACUUGUGAUAAGUCUUUAUCGGAGGCGGCGGCGCCUGCUGUUGAGAAUUCGAGUGAUCAGAAUGAAUCGAGAUUUGGGGUCACGACGGUUUGUGGGCGGCGUCGAGAUAUGGAAGAUGCGGUGGCUGUUAAGCCUUUGUUUUAUGAUGAUAUGCACUUUUAUGGUGUUUUUGACGGCCAUGGUUGCUCACAUGUGGCGAUGAAAUGCAAAGAUCGAAUGCACGAGAUAGUGAAAAGCGAGUUGGAAGGAAGUCAGGAAUGGAAAGAAACGAUGGCCAAAAGCUUCUCGAAAAUGGACAAGGAGGUGAGUAAGUGGGACGAAGGCGAUCCGAAGUCGAAUUGUCGUUGCGAGCUUCAAACUCCUCAAUGCGACACGGUUGGAUCGACCGCGGUCGUUGCCGUGGUCGCUCCCGACAAGAUUGUGGUCUCGAAUUGUGGGGAUUCGCGUGCCGUUCUGUGCAGGAACGGCACUGCAAUCCCCCUCACCUCAGAUCACAAGCCAGAUCGACCGGAUGAACUAGCUAGAAUAGAGGAAGCCGGAGGGCGAGUUAUAUAUUGGGACGGCGCUCGAGUUUUGGGUGUACUAGCAAUGUCUAGAGCAAUUGGUGAUAAUUAUUUGAAGCCUUAUGUGAUACCGGAACCUGAAGUGACCGUAACGGAACGUACAUCCGAAGACGAGUGCCUAAUUUUGGCUAGCGAUGGGCUAUGGGACGUAGUCUCAAACGACGUUGCAUGUGGUGUUGCGAGGAUGUGUUUGAACUCGCAAAACCCCCCGUCGCCUAUCAGGUCUCCAUCGGGUAGUGAAAAUGUCGCGGGUGGUGAGAGUUCUGAUAAGGCGUGUUUGGAUGCGUCUAUACUUUUGACCAAGUUAGCUUUGGCACGACGAAGCUCAGAUAAUGUGAGCGUCGUUGUGGUUGAUUUAAGGAAAAAUCUAUGACAUGAAAAGGAAAAAUCAUGGAUCAUAUGGAAAAAGUUUAGAUCUAAAUAUGAGUAUAUGUUGUUUGAUGUUUAUUUUACAAUUGUAAUUCAUAUUAUUAACAUCAAUUAAUCAAUUGUUAAUUGUUAUAUCA